GUUACAAAGAAACAUGUCUGCCACCGUUGCUCAAUUAUUGAACAGAUUUUUAUUUAGAAAUUGAGUAGGGUAUAUGAUAUAGCUCUAACUCUAGGCAUGUUGUAAUCUGCGCCUCAAGAAUUCAUUAUUUAAACUUGCGUUAUUUUCAAUCAGGAACCAAACAAUGGAAGAUAUCUCUAGCCUUGCAAAGAAAACAAACAAAUCAAGAAGAGAAACUGCGGUACUAAAUUUAAAUAUUAAAUGACUAAACUUAAACUUUCAUUUAUUUUUUAUUAUUUUUAAUUAUAUCAUACAUGCCUAUACUUUCACAAUAAUCGCAAUGGCAUUAAUUAGAGAGACCAUCCAAUAAUAAUGUCACAUUUCUAUGGGAAGUCGUAAAUUCUUCUUCUUUAUAUUUAUAUUAAGGGCCCUCGAUCAAUUUAUUGAUCAUUUUGUGAUAAUUUUAUUUUUAUCAUAAUGUGUGACACAGCAAGGCGCAAGGGUUCUUGUUUGUUGGUAAAUUUAAAUGUUGGUUUGUCGCACCACUAAUUUCCCACCUCCGCCAUCUUGGUUGCCAUGAUCUCACCAGAGGUCAUGGUGGCUGUGUACAAAAUAUUAGUAUAAAAAUCACUUCUGUUAAAAUGGGGAGGGGAAAAAGAGAGAAUGUGCUGGUGUAGCUAUUUAAAAAAAUAAUUUCAGCUGGUACAUUAAUUUUGUUGCAAACGAAACUACUUUAUUAAAGUUACCAGUAUCCUUCAAGAUAGCUCAAGUCCCAAAGUCAAAGACCUGCAGUCGCUCCCUUUCCUAGAGUAACUUCAGCCUGUACAUUCAUUAAUUUUGUGGCAAACCUAGAAACUUUAUUGUAUCCUUCUAAAUAUAAAGCAAGAAGUCUCAAUGACCUGCUGUCGCUCCCUUCCCUCAAUUAAAACGUGUGCUGUAGUUACACACUGUGGUAAGGAAAGUGUAAAAAUGAAGAAAAACAAUACAAAAUAUUUUCAAAAUUAUGAAAAGCAAACUUAAACUUUCAUCUAAUACACUUUUACACACUUUAUUGCAAGUUCCACCAAACUUAAAAUCCAAAAGAUUUUGGAAAAUCAAUCAAUACAAUUCCCAUUUUCCAAAAUGUCCUAAAAUUUAAAUAUUUUAAUUAGCCACCCAAUGAAAUUAUAAUUAAAAACUUAAAAAAAGAAAGGUUAAGUCUUAGUAACAAUCCAAGAAUGAACAAAAGGGAGAAAAUCCUACACUGAAACUCAAAGUGGCGCACUGAACCAAAAUUAGCUCAAAUUUGUUGAGGGAAAGAGGGUGAGGGUUAAAGCAAACUGUAAAUUAAUAUAUAUACACACAUCACAUUUUUUUUAGGGCGUUUUUCCAUUUACUAAACCCAGAAGCCGUAACUUAUUCUAAAUGCUUAAACACCAAAACUUAAGUGUCUAAAGGCAAUAACUUAUCCCAUCAUUAAAUGUAACUUACACUAACUAUUGGGCUUGGCAUUAAUAAGAAAAGUAAACCAUCAGAACCUUGCUAAAUAGCUUAUGUGAUCAAAAUCUUUUCAGAAAAAUAUGUAAAAAGUAUUCACUUUUGUCGUAUUCACUCCACAGUUUUGAUGCUAUCACAUUUGUCUGCUCUUGAUCAAUCAAAGACUAAGAAAUCAGAUGCCAUGAUAAUGUUUUAUACAAAAUUGCUGCUGCCGAUAAGAUUGCUUAUCAUUUUGUUAAGGCUUUUUUAAAUGACCCUAUUGACCGGUUACUUAACAAAAUAUGUGCAAUAAGGAUAUAAUUGAUGCAUAAUAAUACAAUUGAUAUGGAAGAAAAAAAAGCUUUGAAGUUGAAGUGGAAAAAAUAUUCAAAAUUAACUCAUUUAACUUCUUAACAUAUGAUUGUCAAAUUUGUUGCUAAAUAUCCGACUUAAAAUUUGGAGUUGCAGGGUUUUUGGCCUGAGGUUAAAUUACAAAAAAGAUUACACUUACAGUAAAUAAAAUUGGCUGUAGAAGGAGCAUGACUCUGUAUUAUUUAAAUUGUACAAUUUUAUAAAUUUAAUGCUGUGCAUAAUAGGUAUUUGCAUAGAAAAGAAUGGUAAGUUUAUUUAAUAGUGCAAAACAAUAAUUUCAAUACAUUUUUGUUCAGGUUCAAGGCACUAAUGAUAGUAGCAUAGUCAGUAAGUGCUCUACAUCUUCUUGUGGCUACUUCAAUGAUCCGUUUCUUCAUUAUUUUGUGUCCAAAGUGAGUAGGAGAGCCCCACUUAUCCACAGGUAAAUGUACCACACAAAAUUUAAAAGCAUUCUCCUCAAAAGUCAACAGUAUUUACAGUUUUUCCUAGUUGAUUUAGCCAAUAGUCUCUCUCUCUGUCACUGUCACUCUCUCUCAAUCUCCCUGUCUCUCUCUAACUCUCUCACACUCUCUCUGUCUUUCUUGCUCCCCACCCCCUCUCUCUUGAUACCCGACAUUGUAAAAUCUUUAAAUAUUGAUGACAAUAAAUAACACAUAUCUUUCUUUUAUAGAGGUUAUUAUAUUCGAGCUGUGGCGUUUGAUAGAAUAAUAAAAAACUUUUUGGAGCUCUAUGGAGAUGCCAAGAAACAGGUAGCCAUGUAUUUAAUGAACCUUUUUAAUGAAUGUAUUUACAGUUAUUUUAUAUUUUCUCUAAAACGAAUGACUGUAGACAAAAUGAAAGAACGACGCAAACACUUUUAACAUUUAUAAUUAUUGUAUUACGUCAGCUAAAUUCCACUUUCCUUAUGAGGCGUCUAGUGACAGUCAAAGAAUUUGUUGUGUUUGAAGAUAUGAGUGGACGGAUAAUUAAAAAAAGUAUUUUUUUUUUAACUGUAGAGAGUGCCGGAGCAGCAUAUGAGUUAAAAUGAUUCGGUUGUAGGCCAGAGGGGAAACCAAGUGAUUAGCUCAGUUAGAUUAGUUUAGAUUUGGGUAAGGGAAUCCAGAACUACAGGGGGAGGGUAUGAGAUGAGGGCAGACUGACUAGCAGCUGCUAAAAGUUGUGUGAUACCGAACUGUGGUGAAAGGUUGUAUAGAGGACAAAUAAAGAGCAAGAUGACAUAACUUCAAUGUGUUAAUCCAGCGUUUCCCAAACUUUUGUUUUCGUGACCCGGUUAUUUGAAUACUUCUUCUUCUUGACCAAUUAAAAUUUGUAUGGCCUGGACUGCCAUAUAGGAAAGAUAUAACAGAUAUGAAUGUCCACACAGUUUCCAUAUAUUAUAAUAAAGCAUUUACUCAUACAAGACUGUAAAGAAAAUCAAACUAAACAAAAAUUUAUCAAUCAGUAUGUCACGAAAAUCUAACCUAGAUUUUCAACUGUUUUUUUUUUCUUCUUUCGGCGUCUCUGUAAUUUUGCUUUUGCAACCCAGAAUUUAGGAAACACUGUGGUAAUUUAUGAAUAGGGAGCAAAAAUUUAAAGUAGAGACCUCAUUAUGUGUACUAUUAUAUGUUUAUCUCAUUAAUUCUUUUUUAUGUAAGAGUUCAUGAUACAUUGGGAUACAUAAGAUAUCUCAUUCAGUUCAGGUUUAAAAACCAUUUGUAUUAAAGAGAAGAAAAAAAUAUUUUUCUCCAGAUCAUUUCCCUUGGCUGUGGAUUUGAUUCAUCUUAUUUCCGACUAAAGUCUGCUCAGCUCUUGAACAAAGCAGUUUUCUGUGAGGUGAGCUUAUUUGAUCAUAUAUUUUUGUGGUCCAAAUUUAAAAAAAUUAAAAUUAAAAAAAUAUUUAAAGAAUGUGGGUGCAAGCAAAAAACAAAAGUAUCUUUGGGAUUUUACUUAUAAUACGAUCAAUUUAAUCCAAUAGACAGUAAACUCUUUUCUGUGUUACUUUAGAUUGAUUUCCCAGAGCUUGUCAAGAGAAAAAGGCUUCUUAUAGAAAAUACAGAUGACUUGAUGAGUUUGAUUGAAAAAGUUGAAAAACCACCACUUUCACCUCACAUUGGUAUGUUAUGAAUAAUCCAGUAAUGUUCACAGCAGCAUAAUAACUAAUUAGAACAAAAUUAUUUGUAAAUUAUCCCUUUACUUUUUCCAUUCAUCGAUUCUAAUUGGUUCCUAACCUUUAAGAGGACUCAACUUUUCUAAUUAAAAAAAACACAAUAAUUUAUUGAGGAUUUUUCAGUGUUAUAGUUUGACUAGCUCUUUUUUUUAAAUGUCUUUAAUUGUUUGACUUAAUUUGAUUGAUUGAAAGGAUACUGUUAAAAUCAAUAAUGUUUUUGGUCCCAGAGCUAAGCUGCACUGACUACCACCUCCUUGGUGUUGACCUCACUCAACUGAACACACUGGAGGCAGCCCUAAAGAUGUGCGGCAUUAACUUUGAUGUUCCUACACUUCUGCUCUCAGAGUGCGUCAUGACAUACAUGACGCGCAGAUGGUAAAUAUCUCAUAUAUCUGGAUCAUAGUAAAGAUGCAUUCACGAUAAAGUACUUAGAUGUGGUUAGUUACCCACCAAAACAUAACAGUCAUAUCUUGUGGGCAUGUGGUUUUAUCACUAACUAAGCAGAAGAGUUACCUACUUAAUGUUCAAAAACAUUUGCAGAUCCAUUGAAUAAGUUAUUAACUUUCUAUGUUUCUGAUUCAGCUCCACAGAGCUGGUGAAGUGGGCUUCAGAAACAUUUGAAGAGGCUAUAUUUGGAAUGUAUGAACAGGUACUUGACAAACAAAAUUUGGCUCUUUGUCUUUUUGAUAGGCUUUAGAAUUACUUUAGUUAUAAAUAAAUACAAAUAAUUUCAAUGUUAAAAAAAAAUAAUGACACGUUAUUACAGGGCUUCAGAAUUAAAAUGUACUUCUAGCAAUUAUCACAAGGAUAUGGCUUGAGGGGUGACAGAGUAUUAGGGAAAUAACGGAACUUACAUUUAUAAGUAUUAUUCUACAUCCAAUUUUAUAUCUUUAAACAUUCCAGAUGAACCCAGAUGAUGCAUUUGGUCUUUUCAUGUAAGCAACUACCUGACCCAAACAGAACAUCUGUCCACUAGAAAAACUGUGCGAUGUUAGAAAUAAAUAAGGAAAUAUUUUAACAUUUGUAUAUAUAUUUCCAAUUAUUGUCUGUGUACAAAAAUGAUAUCAGUUGAAAUUAUUUACAUUUUUAUUAUUAAAAAAAAAACGCAACACUUAAUUUAAAACUAAAUAAUGAAGUUUCCCCACAUUCGUUCUUUUACUGAUUUAUUUCAGGCAAAAUCAUUUCCAUUCCAUCGGCUCACCUUUGAAAUGUAUCAAUGCAUUCCCAACUCUAGAGUCACAGAUCAGACGCUUUCUCAAUACUGUAAGUAAGAUACAUAAAGACUGUGCAGGUUGAUUAGGAAUUUAAAUACCUAUCAAACACCCAGUCUGUUUAAGUAUCCACCACUGAUGCAUAUCUCUACUUUAAUAUCCACCUACAAUCCAUAUCUAUUUUAAUAUCCUACACUGAUCCAUAUCUUUUUUAAUAUCCGCCUACCUCACAUCUACUUUUGCCUGUUGCAUUUCAUGUUUAAGAUAUAACUAAAUAUAAUUUAAACUAGAGGAUUUUAUAAAUACAACAUUUCAAGUAAGCCUACCGGCUGGCUUUGUUCAUGCCUAUAAAUAGCUAUGAAUUUGUAACCCUGUUUGAAAUGCCAGAUUGAGUAGCUCAACUUGAAAAGCUUUCUCUGCCUGUGUAAUUCUUUGGAUUUCUUUGAUUGCGCUUCCAGGGCUGGUCAUGGUGUGAAGCUUUCGAUAUGAACACAUUCUAUUACAAGUUUGUUGAAACUCAAGAAAAAAGACGUAUUGAAAAGCUAGAAACCUUUGAUGAGUAUGAAGAGCUGAACCUGAAAUAUUCCCACUACUUUAUCUUGACGGCUUCAACGGUUGACCUUAAAAGAAGUCUUAUUAGAGAUAGAGAGUCUCAGUCUGAUAACGAAGGUUUCACAUCUAUAUGUUGUGUCAGUUUUUACUUUAUCAUGGAUAUACUAUGUCGUCCCCCCCCCCCCCCCCCUAAAUCCAUUCAUACUAAAUAAAGGUUUUCUUCAAGUUCAAACAGCAACAGUCAGCUUAAUGGGAAAUGGUGGAGAUUUAUUUUGUUUGGAAAGAAAUAAAAUUAAUGUUUCAUUUUCAGAUUCAACUUUCCAGCCAGCCAUUACCAAUGUGUUGGCAUUCAGACGUAUGCCAGAAGAUGACCAGUCCGUCAGACGGUUUGGUCACGCUUCCAGUAUUAUUAAUGAGCGGUGCACCGUAACUACCGGUGGCUUUGGGGAAAUUGAUGGCCGCCAUCAGCGCCUGGCUGAGAUCACUAUCACCGACCUGGGGACGUUUAAGUCCUAUCACGUUCCCUGCUACUCAACUCAUGUACAGUGUAAGUGUUUGGUCAAGCAGUUUAGCCAAAUUAAAGAGCUGUGGAUGUUUAUAAUCUGAGCUAACCAGGAGUCCGGACUUAAUGAUUCUCAAACUUAUCCAAGCUGGGGCAGUUAAUAUUGUGACGUCAAAAGUAUUUAUUUUAAAAAGGACUGAAAAAUUUGAUGAACUAGGGUUCCAUCAACAAUCAACCGCACAUGCAAUAGAAACUAAAUGUUUAACUUGAACAAGUAUUGUAUAAAACAAAACAUAUUUAAGCUAUUUUUUUUAAUAGAAUUUGAUAAUUGGAUAAAUUGAUUAUAAAUUAAUAAACCAAGAACCUUCUUUAUUCUUACUUAAUUAGUAAAAGAGUACUUGUGUACCUUAUUCUUACUUAAUUAGUAAAAGAGUACUUGUGUACCUGAGAUUUAAGGCCUCAAAGGUACAUACGCUCGAUAAUUGAUUCCAAAAGAGGGUAGUAUGAUGACCCCCUGACAAAUGGUUCCUAAGGAGGGCAGUGUGAUGGCCCCAGGGGUCAGGGCUAGAUGUGUAUUAGUUUGAUCGGGUGCUGGUAAUAAAUUUUAUCACAAAAACUUUGUUAUCAAUCAAAUUAAUUCAACUGUAAAAAAAAAUAAUGGAAUACUAUUUUGAUUGUUAAAAAGAGUUAUGGCCGCACACUGAAGAGAUAAGAUAUUUUUGAGAAAAAUGAAAUUGGUAUUUGCAUGGGAUUUAUAUUCUUAACAUGGGACAAUGAACUUACUUUAUGCCUCCAAAGCGGGAGAUUGCCAAAAUAAAUUUGAGAACCACUGCUCUAGAUCUAAGAAAAGUACAAAAUGAAUCUGUUUUAAAAAUGUAUUUAUAGCAAUCUGAUAACUAGAAUAACGCUUUUUAUAUCUCAUUGAAAUUUAUCUUUGUGUGUCUGUCACUUUAUACUUUUACUUUGUGUGUCUGUUACCACAAUACUUUGACUCUGUGUGUCUGUUACUUCAUACUUAUGUCUGUCACUUUAUACUUUUAGUCUGUGUGUCUGUUACUUUAUACUUACGUCUGUCACUUUAUGCUUUGACUCUGUGUGUCUGUUACCACAGUACUUUGACUCUGUGUGUCUGUUACUUCAUACUUAUAUCUGUCACUUUACACUUUUACUUUGUGUGUCUGUUAGCCAUAUUCUUACCCAAUAGCUAAAUAUAGUCUACAGUUAUAAUUUAGUAAACUCUUACCCCAAUCAUUAAUUAAAUGAAGAUUUAUUUCAGACUCACGUAUGCACCACGCCUCCAUUUCUCUCAGUAAUGGAACAACAUAUCUUGUUGGGGGAAGACAGUCACCGUACUUUAUGUGCAAUCAAAUGCUGAAACUUACGUUAAACAUAAAUUUAGAAAAGCUUCAACACUCGACAUCUAAAGAACAUGUUGAUGCACAAGAUGUUGUGAUAGACCCGGCGGCCGUAGCUUCCAAAGAAUCUGUGAUGUUUGCCCAGCAGGAUGGUGUACAAAGAAGAAAUGGCAAGACGGGCGGUCGGAGAACUAAGAAAUGUCACAGAAGUGACAGUGAGCACUCAGAAGACAAUCAAACACAAAGUUAUUUGAACAGUGAACAGUAUCAAGCAAAGGUUCAAUACACAGCCACGCCCCGUGGGGAUUGUCAAUGGGAUGCUUAUGAACACUCAAGAAUUAACUGUGACACCAGUGAUAAAUUGGAUUACGAACAUUCCAUUAUAGAGAAUGAACGAUUGUCUACACUAACUUGGACAUUUGAGCUUGGCAGUAUUGAAGUCAACAUUGUAUCCCAGAAAGGCUCUGUGCCGAUAGAAAGGUGGCGUCAUGCUGCUGCAGCUGUCUUUGUAGAUGGUAAGUCAAUCCUUAAAUCCUGGAGUCCUUUGGUUCCAUAUCACACCCUGUAAUUAUCCAGUGUCUUUCUAAAUGGUAAGUAAAUUCUUAUCUACUGGAGUCCUUUGGUUCCAUAUGACAUUGUUACAUACUGUUAUCAGUAUGGAGAAAUUAAUCUCUUAUUUAAUUAAAUGGCUCGUUUUAAAACAGUACACAACAAAAGACGAUACAUAUGAUAAAUACAAUAACAAAGAAUACGAUACUCAAACUAGGUCUAAUUACAAUUAAUAUGUUUUAUUAAGCUAAUUAUAAUUUACAAAAUCAAAAAGAAAUAAUAUUAAAACUAUUGACUUACGGAAUAAUGUUUGGCUUGUACGGGUACAGUGUUGAAGAAAACAUAAUGUGCAAAAAGGGGUACAAUGAUGAAAAGAAAUCUUCCUCACACAUAGUAAACAAAGCUUCCUAGCGAAAAUAGCACACCCUCAAAAUAACUCUCAUUUGUCGUCUGCUCCUGUCACUCAAUCUUUCGGCUUAUAUAGCCCGUUUCUUAGAGCCUUCUAGACGCCAGACUUACGCAUUGUUAUUGUGGCACUGCGCCUUGCUGCUUCUACAAUAGCCUACAACAUUCGAAUCAUGAAACAGGCCAUAGAUUUUAUCUUACAGUUGCCGAGGUCAAAGGGAGACUGUAAUUAGUACUACACACCCUAAUAGCGCAGCCGAACUGGGUCAGCUUAAGUUCAUUCACCAGAAAAGAUGAAUGAAAGUAAACGGGGCUAAUAAUAACACCCUAUAAUUAAUAAGUGUCUUUCUAAAUGGCAAGUAAAUUCUUCUCUCCUGCGAGUCCUUUGGACACCAUGGGACACCCUACAAUCAGCAGGAAGUUGCUAUACAAAACCAAUGAAUUCUUGCCAUUAUUUCUAACAUGUAUUCCUUGUCUUUAAUACAAACAUGCCAAGUCCUAGAAAACAUUUCUUUUUAAUGCCUUUUACACUCGUGGUUAAGACGUUAUAAAAACCCAAAUCUGGUUCCAAUGCGACAACUUGAUUCAUUAAUAUACAAUAAUGAAUGUCAUACAUGUUUUUAAGACAUACAUUGCCUGAUUGCAUAAUUCAGGCCUGCAUAGCGUACGGACCGCCAGCGAUCAAUCUGCGGCUUCUGAAGCCUUUGAUGAAAAUGAAAAGUAAAUAUUCUCCAUUUUUUAGAUGUAUAACAUUAUUAAUGGAAUAUAUGAGAAGUCAUGUCUCUCAUUAAAUGGAUUUCAUAGUAAGCAAAAUUAUUCUUUAUUAUUAUUAUAUAGAAAAAAUUUUCAAGCUUUCAUAUAUUCUCGCAGCUGUUGUUUCAUUAUGUAAUGUGGUGCUCAUCUCAUGUGAGUUGUGCAGGCCUGAAUUAAUGCACUCGAGUCAUUUGCAGUUGAGGAUAUCACAGAUAAUUAAUUGUUAAAACUAAUUUUUAGGAAAAGAAAAACUAUUUGUCCAUGGUGGGAAGACCAAAUCUUGUGAUGUGCUGGAGGACUGUCUCUUGUUUGAUCCUGACACUGAGGCUUGGGAAGAGGUGAGCAUUUGUUCUACAUGUCACAUGCUAUAAUUUAUCUUAUUCUUCUGUCCACUUCUAUCUGGGAGGCGUGGCAGGGAAGUCAAGUUGGCAAUCUGUGGCAACGUGAAGGUUCAUGGUGAGGACUUUGAGGGUGUCAAACACGGCCAAUCAAAACCGGCGUGCUCUUCCUCUGGCCCUGAAACCAUAGUGCCCGUUAUUGAAGGCUUGAAAUAUAAGUUGAUUGACAAAAAUUCUGAUCAGAUUGCCCCUGGAUGAGGCCCCAACCAUUCGUUUAACUUCCAGGUUCCCAAUGUUGUCCUUCUGGUUUAAAUACCUGCUCACCUUAAACAUCUUAUAUUGCAGGUUAAAAGUCCAUUUAUCAUAACAGCUCUUUAAUAUUUAAAGAGUAGUUUGAAUCCGACAUUUAUUAGUAUUUAAAAUGAUCCCUACUGGAUUGCAGGCCAUGUUGACUCAGGGAUAUCAAUUAAAUUAAAGACUAUUUGGUUUGGGUCAAAGUAAUAAUAUAUGUUUGAGUUUUAACACUAAAUAUGACUGCAUCAUCUCCACAUAUAAAGACGUGAACGUGUCCAUAAUUUGUAACAAACAAAUCCAUCAUUCACAAUAUUUAAUGAUCAGAUACAAAACAAACAAACAGUGAUUCUUAUUACAGUGCUUUAAAUAAUUUUGAAGAUUUUAGUCCUAACAUUUCUCUGUAGACAUGGAUGAAUCAGGGCACAGCAAAACAUUUUAUGUACACACAUUUUAAAAUGUUAUAACCACUUUUUCUGACAUAAAAAGAUAGCUAUCUCAUUUACUGUUAUUCUGCUAACAAGGUCCAUGCACUAUAUAAUAUGUCCCUGUCUAUUCCCAUCAACAUCAAAGUACAAUAUAUAUGUAAAAAAAAUCUUUAUCUUUAUGAAAUAUGUCUUUAAGCAUAUCAGAUCAAUGGCAAUUGCAUCUGUGUUGACCAAUAACUGAUACCUUAUUGAAAUAGUUUUUAACACAGUCCAACAAUAUUAAAUAUCAUUCAAAGCUAUUGAAAAGCCAUGUUGUUUUAAGCUGAUUUAACUUCAAUGUUAGUGAUGAAAUAUAUAGUUUAAAUUUCUGGUAACAAACACUUGUCAAAUAAAUAAUUUGGCGAUGUGUGUUUGGUAAAUUAAGAUAUUUUAAACAGAUGAAGAGUCCCCAAAAAUUUUAUGUUAUUUUGGAUUAUUAAAAUUCCUAAUUACUAAUACAGUAAUGUUUUUAAAUGGACAUUUCUCUUAUUUGUUUUACAAAGUUCAAUAGUUUUAUAAUGUUCAAUAGUUUUAUAAUGUUCAAUAGUUUUAUAAUGUUCAAUAGUUUUAUAAUGUUCAAUAGUUUUAUAAUGUUCAAUAGUUUUAUAAUGUUCAAUAGUUUUAUAAUGUUCAAUAGUUUUAUAAUGUUCAUAAAAAUUUUAAUGAAGAAAUCAAAAUCACUUUCAGAUAAUAUUGUCUUUUUUUUUUUAAAUUGUGUUUUUAAACCAAAUGUUUUUUAUUCAAAUACUUGUGAAGUAGCGUAUUUGAAUUGUUAAGGCCUAUUGUUUGUAGUGUCUAAGCUGGACUUCUGGUUAGUCUCAAAGUUUGAGUGAAUCCACUUGGGCCACUCAUGGUAUGGUAGAGUCUACAUGAGUUGUCCCAGGGAACAGUGCUGUGCACAUUGCCCACUCAUGGUAUGGUAGACUCUACAUGAGUGUUCCCAAGGAACAGUGCUGUGCACAUUGCCCACUCAUGGUAUGGUAGACUCUACAUGAGUGUUCCCAAGGAACAGUGCUGUGCACAUUGCCCACUCAUGGUAUGGUAGACUCUACAUGAGUUGUCCCCAGGGAGCAGUGCUGUGCACAUUGCCCACUCAUGGUAUGGUAGACUCUACAUGAGUGUUCCCAAGGAACAGUGCUGUGCACAUUGCCCACUCAUGGUAUGGUAGACUCUACAUGAGUUGUCCCCAGGGAGCAGUGCUGUGCACAUUGCCCACUCAUGGUAUGGUAGACUCUACAUGAGUGUUCCCAAGGAACAGUGCUGUGCACAUUGCCCACUCAUGGUAUGGUAGACUCUACAUGAGUUGUCCCCAGGGAGCAGUGCUGUGCACAUUGCCCACUCAUGGUAUGGUAGACUCUACAUGAGUGUUCCCAAGGAACAGUGCUGUGCACAUUGCCCACUCAUGGUAUGGUAGACUCUACAUGAGUUGUCCCCAGGGAGCAGUGCUGUGCACAUUGCCCACUCAUGGUAUGGUAGACUCUACAUAAGUGUUCCCAAGGAACAGUGCUGUGCACAUUGCCCACUCAUGGUAUGGUAGGUAGACUCUACAUGAGUUGUCCCCAGGGAGCAGUGCUGUGCACAUUGCCCACUCAUGGUAUGGUAGACUCUACAUAAGUGUUCCCAAGGAACAGUGCUGUGCACAUUGCCCACUCAUGGUAUGGUAUACUCUACAUGAGUUGUUCCAGGGAACAGUGCUGUGCACAUUGCCCACUCAUGGUAUGGUAGACUCUACAUGAGUUGUCCCAGGGAACAGUGCUGUGCACAUUGCCCACUCAUGGUAUGGUAGACUCUAAAUGAGUUGUUCCAGGGAACAGUGCUGUGCACAUUGCUGACAUAAACUUGAGACCGUAAUCAUUAGAUAAAAGAGAGCUCAGAUAGUAAUCUAUUUAUUUAAUAGAGAGAUUGUAUGUUCAGGUGAGAAUUAGGUUGACUGAGGAUUACAAUUGUAGGGGUAGUGGGAGCAGGGGCAUGGGAUGACAUCAAGAUGUAAGAAAGGAAAAAUGCUCGGUAAGAAAAAGUUUAAAAUGAAACAUAACAUUUAGUUUUAGAAACAAGUACAAACAGACUUUGUGCUUCAUUGUCCCCAAAGUUUACUGGACACUAUGGGAGUUGUCAAUGACACAGUCAGUGUCUCGUCUCCUAGAAUAAUAGGAUGUAACAAGGUGAAGUCGGACACGACACUCUGACACCACACUCUGACGUGACAGAAUCAGUGCCUCCUAGAAUAAUAGGAUGUAAUUGGUGAACUCUGACACCACACUCUGACACCACACUCCGACAUGACAGAAUCAGUGCCUCCUAGAAUUAGGAUGCAUUUGGUGAACUCUGACACCACACUCUGACAUCACACUCUGAAACCACACUCUGACAACACACUCUGACACCACACUCUGACACCACACUCUGACACCACACUCUGAUACCACACUCUGACAUGACAGAAUCAGUGCCUCCUAGAAUAAUAGGAUAUAAUUGGUGAACUCUGACAGCACACUGUCCACACUUGGUUAUUUUUGUCAAAUCAUGACAACAGCAAUGUGUCACGAGUCAUUGAGUGGCUGCAAUGUUUCUAAUAAAAUCAAGUUUAAUCUUCCUCAAGUGUUUCUCUGUACAUCAAGUGUAGUGGAGGAAUGAAUGCAUCCUCCCAUGGCUUAAUUUUGGUCAUGUAAAGACAAUUGUCUGUACAUCAAUUGUCUGCACACACCACCAACCUCAUUGAGCCACUUUCUCUCUUGUUUCCUGUGUUUUGCCAACAGGAUGCAAUUAAAUGUAACAACAUACACCCCCCCCCCCCUUUUUCACACAGCCCUAUCAUCUAACAGUCACAUGUAGAACUUAAUUCAGCUUGUCCAGAUCCCUCUCAUGUGUGUUGUUGAGUGUGAAUGAAUGCACCCUCCCAUGGCUUAAUUUUGGGCAUGUAAAGACAAUUGUCUGUUCAUCAAUUGUCUGCACACACCACCAACCUCAUUGAGCCACUUUCUCUCUUGUUUCCUGUGUUUUGCCAACAGGAUGCAAUUAAAUGUAACAACAUACCCCCCCCCCCCCCUUUUUCACACAGCCCUAUCAUCUAACAGUCACAUGUAGAACUUAAUUCAGCUUGUCCAGAUCCCUCUCAUGUGUGUUGUUGAGUGUUUGGUCAGUAGACUUUUGGGACCAUGAGAACAUCCUUAACUUCACUUAGUUUUUUUGUAAAAAUUUGUCCGUUACAUUUGAAGAGGUCCAGCCCCUAGCAAUUGAGCAAUUAAAAAACACAGGCAAUGGAAACAAUGCGUGGGUCGUAUGUCACUGGGACAAAAUUGAUAUUGAUAUUUCUAGUCUUUAGUUGGUUGGGACGUUAAACUUCAUUCUGUUAGGCUGGAUCACCCAUUGUAGUACAUCUCUUUUCAUGAAACAUCUUGUAGAUUUUCUUUAUAAACAUGGACCAUUGCCUAGAGUGGCCCCUAGAAUCUGUUUGAUUCGUUUACCCAGAGUCAAAGAAAAAGUCAGAUUGCCCUGAGUGCUUCAUUUACUGAAUGUCAUCUAUUCUACUGAGGCUCUCCUCUCCUUUAUCCAAAUGUUUACUGGAUGUCAUCCACCUCUACUGAGGCUCUCCUCCGUUUUAUCCAGAAAGCUAGUUUUGAAAUCAGUGCUCUGCAUUCAUUUCUAAACUUUGGACUGCAUGUUCCAUAGACAAAAAAGUUGACAGCUGUGUUAAAGAAACAAGAACGGACAAAGAUGUUGUAAAAUAUGACACCGACGGUGCUGAGGUUCUGUACAAAGUUCUUGUUUAAAGCUUGGACACCUUUGAGAAUGAUAUGUGGCAAGAAACUUAUAACAAACACCAAAGUUAUGAAAAAUAACAUCAUUGUUGUUUUCCUGAGUCGAUUGUCUCGAUUUGAUGAGAUCUUGCGGAGAUGACGCAAAACUGAUGGUUUCCUCAAUACUUUUUUGGCUGCAACACUAUUGUUUUGGGCUGACCUGCAUUAGAUGAGGAAGAAAUGCUCAGUUACGUCAGUUAUUAUCAUUAAUUAUUUGUAAAUCAUAAAGCUGAUAAAACUGUUUUUUAAACAAGUAAUUAAACAGCGAGGACAUGAUAUGUGAAAACCUAAAUAACAACUAAAGACAAUCAAAAUGGAGUUUCGCUGAAAGCCUUCAUCAGCAGACCCAAUGACAACACCAGAGAAUAAAAUGACAACUUAGCCGAGUAGACUGAGACCAGAAGUUAUUCAAUUCCAACACAGAAGAAUUUCUCCGGAAGCAUCUGAUAAAGUUUUAAGAUGAGGUUAACAGGAAAUGUUUAAUUUCAAGAAGAAUGUUGAGAUUCCUUGACAUUAACUUUGCUUUUGUUUGUGUGUUUCUUUCUUGGCUCAUUGCCGAUGACUACACGCUCUUUCAAAUUUUCAGCCCAACCUCCCCAACCCCCAAAAAUCAGUUUUUCCUUUUGUUCUAGGGGAAGAUGAAGGAAAUUUGAUGACACGGAUUUCAUGAAAUAAAAUUCCUCAUCAUUGCGGUAAAUGAGAUACUUUAAACAAAUAUUGCAAGUAUUGGUGCAUAUUUUCUUUUCCUUUUCUGAAAUAGUUGGUGAAAUAAAUCUGCGGUGUAAAAGGAGUUGGUCAUUUGAAUCUUAAUAUAGUUCAGAGGAGUGAAAAAAGGCUGGGAGAACUAAUUGUGAUUCUCAUAAAGUGGAUUACUCGAAUGCAUGUUUUGUCAAAUUUUUAGCGCCCCCCCAAUUGCUCGAUAUUACAUUUGAUCAAGUAUUUCUACGAAAAACUUAGUUUUUCUGGGUUGUUUAAUUUUUUAAAUAGACGUGAAACCGAAGUUACUGGACAGGAUUUGAUGAAUUCCACAUGAUGAUAUGAUAUAAAACAUUUGAAUCAAUUUACACUUGCAAGCAAUCAGACGUAACCUCCUUUUGGUCAUUUUUGUCUUCAUGCAGCUUCAACGCUGUUUCUACUAUAUUAUUCUUUAUCUUUAAAAAAACAACCCAUCCGAACUUGUAUCUAAAUUGACUGAAAUGUUAUAAAGACUAGAUAGCUGUGGCAUCAAAUCUGUUUUGAAUAACGAGACAUCAUUCUUAAUUAGCUUUAAUGGAUUGCUGUAACUUUGUCCAAUGCAGACUUCUAGUUAACUGUGAACUUGUGUGGUAUCACUGUUCUUAUCAUGUCAUACAUAAGGAUUGUGAACAUACUGUUCUUAUCAUGUAAUAAUACGAAUCCUAAAGAACUAUCACUGAUGAGUUCAUCAUUGUUUUUACUUACAGUGAGUUAAUGUCCUUGAGAUCUUGUUCUUUGUCGUGCAGUAGGGAUGAAUCUUUCAUUCCAUCCAAAGAUUGUGGUUCAUUGUCCUCAUUGCUGCCACUGUACAGUGUGUGCCUGCAGUUGGCUCCUGCAGAAACUAUACUUCCUCUUCUCUGUUGAACGUUAUUCCGGAACGCCUUUUGUCUAAGCACCUGCCGUCCUAUGAGAAUGUAGAUGACGAUCAUAAUUGCAAAGGCCACCAAAAAUACAAGUCCCAGAAUAAUUAUGUAAGCCUUGCGUAGAGGAUGGUUCUUGUAGUCUUGAUUGGUGGAGCAUUCUGUUCCAUGAAUACCUUCAGAUAUAGGUAUAUCUGCCAGCCCAUAAAUGAUGGGAGUUGGAACGGCGAUGAUCAUAGCCAAGACAAACAAAAUAAAAGUGCGUUUCCAGAUGUCCGACGCAGUCAGGUGAUCUCCAAGUGGAUGACAUAUCCUUUGGUAGCGGUCUACUGCGACCAUGACCAGUAGCAAUCCGGAGGCCACCAGUAUGACGGUGGUGACCAAACGGAUUCCACGACACAUCUCCUCACUGUCAAAGUUGUACGAGUAUCUCAUGUCCAGUAUCUCACCUGGAAUACUCAAGGCACACGUAAGCAGAUCGUAGCAGGCCAGUGCCAGAAUGGCAGACCUGGCGGAGCUUGGCGUGAACUUGAAAUAGUAGACGUAGAACACCAGGCAGUUGCCCACGGUGCCGACGACCAUGAUGACACAGAGCACCAAGAUAGCUGGCAGCAGAGUCACCGCCAUUUGAUCACUCCGUCGGACUUUACAUAUUUCAAUCUCUGCCAGUGUAGAAUUUACCUGGCAGCUGAGAUUCAAAUCAUCCAUUGUAAUAACUGUUUGAUUCAAAUCAGACAUAGUUGAUACAUUUCAAAUAGUUUCAAAAAUUUUUAUGUGGAUGUAUACAUUGGAGUUGCCCACUUAUUACUACCAUUAAACGUUUAUUUAACCUAGAUAAUUACACACUGUGGUUUAUUUUGAAGAACAUAUUUCAAGUGGCAAGUUUGAGGUCUCACCCUAACCAAAUAACAUCGAGACUACUUCUCCCUCUUACUACAGAUGUCCGUCCUAAAUCCCAUGUAUUUAAAAAUAGCUCGACCCACUCGUAAAGCAACCUUCUGAUUGGUCAAGUUGAUUCCUUUAGCUUAGUUGCUGCUCUACUGUAGACGCCUUGUUUAUGCAUCCUCAUAUAGCUAAGUAGAAUUGUAAUCGUGUCAUGCAUCAGACCCAUUGGUCAUUUCAUUGACACACUUAAUGUGAUUAUCUAUUAAUAGUUUUAUAGCUGAUGUAUGUAAGGACUUGAUAUAUAUUAACGCAUUAAUUCUCACAAAUUGAAUCAUCUUUUACUCUUAUUAUAUUUGUUGUCUCUCUAGGAGGUUAGCAAAAUGUGUCUACUUGCUCGGGUAUACUUUUUGUAAUGUUUUACAUGCAUAAGUCUUUGGUGUGGAUUGUGAUGAUGGUCACGUCACAUCCAGCAGAUCAUUGGGAUUCAAUGUAUGCCAUGGUUUAAUGAUGUCUCCAGCAUAUAUCAUAAUGAUAAGACCAACCAACUUUGUUUGAAAGAUGUGCUUCUCAUGAAUGUCUGCUAUGAUAAAUAUAAAGUGAUUAGCCUUGCCAUCAAGGCGGAAAAAAAACAGAGACCUUGCACCAGCCAGCUCCAAGAAAAGCUUUCAAAGAACCUAAAAUAUCAACGAAGGGACAGAAUCUCAAAUCAGUGGAAAAAUUCAGAUAUUUGAGCAAACCCUCUACAGGUCAGUUACAAUAGAUGAUGAGAUCAACAACCAAAUGACCAAAGCUAAUGUUUCAUUUGGAAGGCUCAGCAAGAGUGUUUGGUAGGGAAGGGUUCUCAGUCUUGUCACUAAGCUCAAAGUAUAGCAGAAAUGCUGGACAGCUAAACCAUCUUCACCUAUGCUGUCUACGUAAAGGUGGCAGGACAAAGUCCCUGAUACAGAAGUCCUACGACGGGCUGACUUUAUCAGCAUUCAUAUGCUUCUAAAAAAUGGACAACCGAGCAUUCUACAGCCCUAAUUCCGUAGACUGGACUCUCAGAGAGACCCCAACACACACAGACAGUUUUGUCAAAGACAAGACACAAUAACCAGCUGUUGACUGAGUGUCCAAGACACAGGACACAAUGACAACAACACACGCCCAUCCUUUUCAGUGACCGAGUGACCUGAGCGACACGGAAGAGCAACCAGCUCAGGCCCCCAAAGUGACCGAGUGACCUGAGCGACACUGAAGAGCAACCAGCUCAGCCCCCAAAGUUUAUGAAUAAUAUGAAUGCUGUUAAAUUUUACUUUUUAAUUAAUAUAGAUUUAUUUUCUUGAUGAAGACUUUCUGAAACUUUGUACAGUUAAUUGUGUCUUUAAUAUAGCCUCUCCCUUAUUUGACCAUUCAAUACCAUUCUUCUGUUGGAACAAGUUAAAGCUGACCCACAUAUCUUAAAUAAAUGAUUUAAGUUUUUCCAUAUUAAUAUUUCUGGGAUGAGCCCCACCCACCUACCCCAUUACCUUCCACCUCCCAACCUUCAGUCCCACCACCUCCCGACCUUCACUCCUACCAUAUCCCCUAAUGGCUACCCAACAUACUUCAACUGAGUCAAUGCUUCACGCAUUAAAGAAAAGAAAUAGCAGUAGGGACCCAAAAAAAAAUUCCUUGACCACUUUACCGUCACGUCAGAGACUAUAAGACUUGAAAAUAUUACUGACAAAAUGAAGGGGGUGUUAUUACUGUCAUUGACCCCAUAAGCUUACAAUCUAGAUGCAGAUUGGCAUGCUCUUUGUGGUCAUAAAGAUCUCUCGUAAAGAUCACCAUUGACAAAUAUGACCAAAACUUUAUAAUAUGACCACUGUCAUAUUGACGCUAUAUAUCUGUUGAUCAGAUAAUAAUCUGCCGAUCCUAAAAUUGUUAUUGACUCCUACUGACCCAUCCUGUCAUUAGUUAACUAGUUACAUUGUGUGUGAUGUAUGAUUGUUUCCAUAAGACACCGUCAUACAUUGUGUGUGAUGUAUGAUUGUUGCCAUUAGACACCGUCAUACAUUGUGUGUGAUGUAUGAUUGUUGCCAUAAGACACCGUCACUGGAUGCAUGAAUGUUACCAAAACAAGCAUUCACUGAGUCAGUCAAGUGUACCACAGUUACCAACAAAGAUUGCCAGUUAUAAAUGUGUGAUUCUAGGAGUGGAGUUGUGGUGUCUAGGUGUGCAGUUGGGGGUAUGGAGGAGUGGAGUUGUGGGGUCUAGGAGUGGAGUUAAGGUGAGGAGGAGUGGAGUUGUGGUUUCUAGGAGUGGAGUUGUGAUGUCUAGGAGUGGAGUUCUGGUGUCUAGGUGUGGAGUUCUGGUGUCUAGGUGUGGAGGAGUGGAGUUGUUGUGUCUAGGAGUGGAGUUAGGGUGUGGAGGAGUGUAGUUGUGGUGUCUUGGAAUGGAGUUAGGGUGUGGAGGAGUGGAGUCGUGGUGUUUAGGAGUGGAGUCGUGGUGUCUAGAUUUGGAGUUGAGUUGUGUGUGGGUGUGGAGUUGUGGUGUAUGGGGUUGAGUUGUGUGUGUGCGGAUGGAGUUGAGUAUGAGGGUGGAAUGGUGUGUGGGGUGGAUUUGUGGUGUGUGGGUGGAGUUUUGAUGUGUGGGGUGGAGUUGUGGUAUUUUUUGGGGGGUGUAAAGUUGUGGUGUUUGGGGGUGGAGUUUUGUCUAGGAGUGGAGUUGUGUUACGGAUGAAGAAAGAGUGCUAGCAAGUUGGUCAUCACUGAAACCUAAAUUUAAUGAUGUUAAAAGUCAAGUUUUCCCCGACUUAUCUUCAGCUCAAAUGUUCGGGUGAGCUGCCAGGUCCUCGUCACUCCCAUUGUGUCAGUUAUUGGAAUGGCCACAUUGUACUGUCCGGUGGGGUCAACGCUUACCAUGAGCCUGUUGGAGAUAUCUGCCUGCUGGACUUGUCUAGGAAUCAAUGGGAGAAGAUGGAUGUUACUGGGAAUCUUUACUCCAGGUAACUACAACCAUUGUUUUACUUAUUCUGUUGCUAUAAUUAUAUGUUUAGUUGUUUAUUGAACCAAGAAAUGUACAUUGUAAAUGUUCAAAUAUUUAUAUUGAAUCUAUACAAUCAAAUACUGGAGACUAAAUUGAGUUUCUAAAAAUAUGAAAAUUUUCUUAUGAGUUGUGCUUUGAAUUUACCAUUGAAUUUUGACUGGAGGUUACAAUACAAAUCUGUUGUUGAACAAGGAAUGUUUGAUAUUUAAUCUGUUUUAACCAAUGUUGUAUCUAGAUACUCUCACACACAAAUAUUUGAUGUCAUCUCUAGAUACUCUCACACACAAAUGUUUGAUGCCAUCUCUAGAUACUCUCACACACAAAUGUUUGAUGUCAUCUCUAGAUACUCUCACACACAAAUGUUUGAUGUCAUCUCUAGAUACUCUCACACACAAAUGUUUGAUGUCAUCUCUAGAUACUCUCACACACAAAUAUUUGAUGUCAUCUCUAGAUACUCUCACACACAAAUAUUUGAUGUCAUCUCUAGAUACUCUCACACACAAAUGUUUGAUGUCAUCUCUAGAUACUCUCACACACAAAUGUUUGAUGUCAUCUCUUAGAUACUCUCACAUACAAAUGGUUGAUGUCAUCUCUAGAUACUCUCACACACAAAUAUUUGAUGUCAUCUCUAGAUACUCUCACACACAAAUGGCUGAUGUCAUCUCUAGAUACUCUCACACACAAAUAUUUGAUGUCAUCUCUAGAUACUCUCACACACAAAUGUUUGAUGUCAUCUCUAGAUACUCUCACACACAAAUGUUUGAUGUCAUCUCUAGAUACUCUCACACAAAAAUAUUUGAUGUCAUCUCUAGAUACUCUCACACACAAAUGUUUGAUGUCAUCUCUAGAUACUCUCACACACAAAUGUUUGAUGCCAUCUCUAGAUACUCUCACACACAAAUGUUUGAUGUCAUCUCUAGAUACUCUCACACACAAAUGUUUGAUGUCAUCUCUAGAUACUCUCACACACAAAUGUUUGAUGUCAUCUCUAGAUACUCUCACACACAAAUGUUUGAUGCCAUCUCUAGAUACUCUCACACAAAAAUGUUUGAUGUCAUCUCUAGAUACUCUCACACACAAAUAUUUGAUGUCAUCUCUAGAUACUCUCACACAGCUCAUAUUCAUGAGGACAAGCUGAUCCUCGUGGGAGGUGUAAAUGUUCAUCACCCUCCACCCGGGGUGGCUGUCAUCAACUUGAGAACCAGGAAAGCUUUAGAGUUUGCUCUCCCAGUAAGUUUGUAUUAAUAUGUUUUUAUACUAAGUUAUUUUAUUUAUAGGCACUUGUGAUUUUUAUCUUAAUGAUAAUUUCUUUACUUUUUGGGGUGGGGGUGGGGGUGGAGGAAGGGGGGCUGGUGGGCUUUUAAAACAUUUUGAUUUGAUGAUCUAAUCGUCCAUUUAUCCUACCCUUACUGAAUGAUCUCUUUUAAACCUUAUUUUACCCAGUAUAGGAUUGUCCUCAUAGAAUGGCUGCAUGAAUGUUUUUGCACCAGCUAUCUGUACACUAACCCUAACCAUUGUUGCUUGUAUUUCAGAACCAGGACAAAAGAAGUCUCCUCAUGUUCCACAGACACACGUCCAUCAUGUUGGCGUCAGGGGAUGUCGUCAUACUGGGAGGCGGAGGAAACUGCUUCUCAUUCGGUACACAUUUGAACAGGACGCCUGUCUUACUCAACGUUGUCCCAUGUGUUGAAGCUGUCCAGUGAUGGCCUCCUGCAGGGAUGCGGCAGUCCAGUAAAUGCAGCUGUUUUAACCGAGCCAUGUCUGACAAUGACACUCCAACACAACACGUCGUUUGGAGAGCAUUCUUCGACCAAAUCUUUGUUAAAUAAACUCGUACAGCCCUGAAAGUUUGGUUGGGAUCUUCAUUAUUAUUGGCAAAUAUUGACAUUCAUUUCUAUAUUCAUUUUGGUCAUAGUAAAAAUUUGUAGUGUGCCAGGUUUGAAGCUUGACCUUGACCCUUGGCUAUACAUUGCUAAGUGGUAUUAAAAGAAUUGAAUACUUAAUAAUUAACACUAAUCAACCUGCAAGUUCUUCUAAUUGAAAGUGUUUCUAAGAUUUAGUACAGUCAGCACAGUCAGUACACUCAGCACAGUCAGUACAGUCAGUAUAGUCAGUACAGUUAGUACAGUUAACUCUAAGAAAUCUAACUCCUGAUGUCUAAUGUGUUCCAGAUGUUUGUCAAGGCGACUGUGAUGUGCCAACUCAAAGAAAUAUCAUUUGAAGUUUUUAUAAAAUAAUGGUAAUUAAAUGGUAAUUUUUGUCAAUUUUUAUUUCUCUUGACAUUCAUGGUUAAAUGGCUUACUGAUGUUUUAUGUGGUCAACUUAUAAAUGGAAAGCAACACAACUAUAGUGUAAACAGAGUGGUACAUUUAUUUAUGAAGUUACCCAUAACACAUAUGGCUAUGUCAGGUUAGUGAAGAUAUUAGUGUUUCUUAGAUAACUUUUAUUAUAGCCUGAGUUUUAGCGGAUUCUUUAUUUGUUCCUUUGAUCAGCAGUGAGAAAUUAUCUGGGGACAAAUACUUCAAGUUAAAUCUGAUGCUUCUUGCAUGGAGAAUUUAACAUUGUGCGUAAGCGUGUAAGGUCUUGCUUGCCAUGUCAAACUUGAACAAUCCAAUGCUUAUUAUCUUGAGAGUUUCUAAGUUAGCUUCAUCCCUUGAAAGGCGGCUGAGAUUUCUUCUAGCUAAUUUCUAGUUGAUCUGUUCUACUUUGAUUCACUAGCAUUGAAAAGAUGUGAGUAACAGACAUGAAGUAACUGUCAGGGUUGGAAGGGGGACAUACAAACUUUGAAACAAGGUUCAAUGCACACUUGACUCAAGGUCAGGGAAAAAUUCUGGGGCUUGUUGUGUGUAGCCAAGAUCAAAAACAAGACUGGUUAGUGGAUCUCAAGGAAAGAAGCUCACUUCUCCUGACCAGUGGCUAAGUAGUGGCUAUCAGUGAACAACUCGUGUGAACAUAUCUUGUUGACUUUGCCAAAACAUUAGGAUUAUUAUAUUAGCUUUUGAUCAAUAACUGCUUACUUCCCCUGGCUUAAAUUGUGUUGUUCAUUUACCGGUACAACUAUCUGUGCAAUGUUAAACUAACAACUGCUUGAUGAAUUUAUUAUUUAUUGAAUUUGAACAUGUCAAAUUCUGUUUUCUUCUUAUCUGUUGUUAAACCUUUGGUGGAGAUUUGAUGCUGUCACUACUGCUUGCAAUCAGUUGACUAAAGUAUGAUU